GUCAAAAGAGUUUUACGAAUAAUCAAGUUAACACCUUAAUAACAAUUACCUAAAACUCUGUCAUUUUAGUUGCAAGUUACAACUAUUGCAUAACGAUUACUUUUUAUUGUGAUUAAACAUGGCAUCGACUUCGAAAAGUACAAGUGUCGACGAACGAAGCGAAAUACCUGAAAAUUCUUCACCGAUCGAACAUGAAACUACUUCCAUUAAAAUUCACCCGUUGCAAUAUUCUUCACAGAAAUUUAAGAAGAGAAGUGGUACCACAGAUGCGGGCAAAUACUACGAACAUCUCUACAUAGCGAACUUAAUUUUAAAAUUAAUAAUUGAUGACGACGUGGAAAAUUUUUAUCUGUCGUCGAACGAUAGUGUAUAUGGUUCUUUCGAUGACGUUGUAGUUGAAAUUGAAUUCAAAGAUCGGACGGAAACGUUCGCUUUUCAAUUAAAACACAUUAGUAGAUCAGGAGGAAUAAGAAUUGAGCAGUUAAAUGCCUCGAGUGGGAACUUUAGCGUCGAGAAGUAUUAUAAAGACUUCAAAAAAGAGGUGAAGUUGUCUGACUCGUGUAUCAAGUUGGUCUUGUUUACCAAUUCUAAACUGAACGAUGAGCACAUAGAUCGGUUUAAAUUUGGCAAAUUGACACCAUGUGAACAAGUCAGUUUGCUAAGUACUCGUAUUUCAAAAUUGGAAGGGAAGUGUUACAGAUUCGAAGAAAAUGCAGAUAAUUUCGAAGAAUAUGGACCUUUUUUUAAAAAUUUGUAUCUCUACACUGGUCAAACAGAUGCCAAAGGACUAGAAGCGUGCACACUUGAGAUAUUCAAGGAAUAUUUCAAAAGCACUGAAACCGCUUUCCGGGAGUACUUACAUUUUAUAACCCAGUGGAGCAUGCAGGAAGGAAACAAAACCAAACUAAAUAAAAUAUGGAUGAAAUACAUGAUAAGUCUUUGCGUACUUUCACCUUUUAUCAAACCGUUAUCUUUUGUUGCUGGUGAACCAGUGGACGCCAAAAGAAAAUUUUUUAGAGAAGCUGUUUCGAAAUUUGACUUGACUGUAAUAAACAAAAACAAUUUGGAAAAAAUCGAGUCCGUUUGGUCAAAUGCUGUCGACGGUGUAGAUGAGAUGAAACAAACAAUUAACGUUAAUAACAUGUAUCAACUUAUCGAAAAGGGAAUAGAAACAAAGGAAAGUCUCUAUGAUAAGGACGCAACAAAAGUAUCGAAGCUCAUGUGGUUGCUGGGAAAAAGUCCGUUAGUCGUUGAAGGAUGUCCACAAGUUUAUGAAACAAUAAAAAUAUGUCAGGUUCAAAAGCUAAUUAUACUAGAUGAUCGAGAAACGUUUAAUGGGUGUGUUAAAAAAAGUAGUACUGACCUCUGUCACGACAGUGCAGAUGGUCAACAAAAACCAUACUUGUUUGAAAAGUUGUCUGACUUAGAAAACCACGUAAAGUUGUAUGAAGACAUCCUAGCGAAUUUUACAUAUUCAUUGCAAGGGCAAAAAGAAGCAGCAUUGAAAUAUUUGCUAGAUAUCUGGGAAGAAAGCGGCGACUUCAUCACUACAGAUGAUUUAGUUGAAAUGAUCGAAGCUCCAUUGUUGAUUGGAAAAUGCAAAGAUGCUCUGCCACCCAGUCAUGUUGAAAGAAAAUUGACAAAAAUUUUAAUAGACAUAAAAUUUUUGGAAAAGAUUAGUGAAAAUACAAUUGUUUUAGUCGAUUGCUUAACAGAUGUCAACUGUUUUAAACAAUUUUUACCAAAGUUAGUAAUCAACGAAGUGAACGACGUUGAGUUUAUUCAGAACACAAUUCAUGAACAGAAGAUAUAUGUUUGUGGAAAGGAAAUUUCACACGAGGAAUUUUCUGCAUUGUGUAAAAAAAAUUUAGAAAUUCAGUUUCAUCACUUCAGAUAUUUAGACAAUCAUCGUUUGGAAUGGAUGGAAAGUGAAAAUUAUGACCCGGAACGAAAAUAUAUCAACGAACUUGAGAGGUUUCGUCUACAAAGUGACUUUAUGGAGUACACUAUACACGAGCGUCAGUACUUUAUUCAUUCUCGACAAAAUAUCAAUAUUAUAUGCGCCGAUGCUGGAAUGGGAAAAAGCACAUUAACAAAGAGUUUAAAAAAUAGUACUAUGUCUACAAAGUGGAUCAUUUUGAUCUACGCCAGAAACCACGCCUUACACUUCAGGAAACAUGAAUCAAACGUGGACAAUUUCCUAAAAUAUAUUUUAGAAGAAACUUUUAAGGAUUGCAUUAACCCGUUCCACCAGAAAGUGUUCGAAACAAUGCUGAAACAAAAUCAAGUACAACUAAUAUGGGAUGGACUUGAUGAAGCAUCUGAUGCCACUCAAAUUUCCAUCUUAACUUUAGUAAUUGCAUUUUCUAAAAAAGAAGUGAAUCAAUGGUUGACUUCUCGAAUCAAUUUAAGGGAUAUGUUGGAAAAGGGAUUAGGGACGUUUGCGCGAAAUAUAAGACAAUUUAGUGAAAACGAACAAAAAGAAUAUAUAGAAAACCGUUUACGGAUUACGGAUAUACCAACUAAACUGUGAUAAUAAAUUCAAUUCGUAUUGAUGUGGGCCAUUAUUACACCAAUCCAAUGACACGAUUCUUCAAGGAAUCCACAAAACAGCGACCAUUCUUUUAAAUUUUACGUGAAUAAAUACAUUAAGAAAAAAUCCAACAACAAAAUCUUCAAAAACGCCUAAAUGAGCGAACACAGGGAAGUACAUCUAAAACACUUUGGCAACAUUUAAAUAGAGGUCGUGUUCUAUAUUCUUAAAUCUUAUACAUUGGUGCUUUUUGACACAGUUGGAAGAUAGUAUUGAGGUCAAUUCGUGUUACACACUAUUUUUUUUUUGUUCUCAGGGUACAAAAAUGAAUACAAAUUGACUACGAAUAUUCCUGUCAUCAGUCUUGAGGUGAUAUGAAACCAAAUACCUAAGUGAUAUUAUAUACCCUGCCUUUAUGAAUAGAAUACUUAUUGCCUUACUCAGUUUGUUUGUGGUGUUCAUUUCCAUCGUAGAUUUGUCCGAGGAGAAAUUCUGGUCCGAUGUAUUUCAGGAUGGUAGUAUUAUUCCCAACUGCAGAAAAUGUUAUCUGUGAAAGAAAAUAUUGAUAUAAGCAGAUUUCAUCAAGUAUCGGCUUUCCUAAAACAACAGUCUGUAGGGCACAGACCAAAGAAAUCCAAGGUGUUCACGCUCGAAGAAAUGGAAAUGUUCUUAGAUAAUCCUUCUGAUGAUGAAUAUUUAAUACAAAAAGUAAUUUUUUUCGUAGAAUUCGUGAAUUGGUGGCCGAAGAAUACACCGCUCAUAGUUUUAGGGGUUCGAGUGCAACUCUACCAGCAGACUCUGUGGUAGUUUCAACAGUUGUAAAGUGACACGUGACACGGUGGCUGGCGGUCGAAUAGUGUUGUGGAAGAUAACAUAGAGGAUUCUCUGAACAUGAAAUCGAAAUUUUGAGAAGAAUCAUCAAGCAAUCAUCAAAAUCGUUAAUAAUAGAUCUGUCUUGAAUUGUAACUUUUAUAUUUCAGACUACAAAGACAAAAAUUAAUUCACUGUUAAUAUUUCUUUAGAAGAAAUAAAAAUCUGUGGAUGUCUA